AAAUUGAUUUACGAAGGCAAAAACAACAGUACGCAUGAUCUAAAGGAUUAUGUAGAUACCAAAUUGCCAAGUUUUGUUCAUAUACGGCACAUCCCUUGUUAGAUUCGAAGCAGUGGGAAAUAAGGAAUCGGUAAGCGCAUGUCUGAGUGACAAUGUCGCUACUAUUGGUAUUUUUCCUGAGCCUGAGCGGAUGUUUGGCAGUAGACAAUCCAAUCUUUUAUGGCGGAUCCAUGAGUUUUUCAAUUUCCCAUGACGACAGAGACAAUACCGACAAGGUUCACCUUAAACUUCUGACAGGAUGGAAGAUUGGCACUGGACCAUGCGGUAGAUCUUGUCCUCGAACCCGAACUAGAACAAGUACCAUACAGUCAAGGAAAAACAUGCUGGAUAAAAAAGGUGAUGGCUACUUUGGCAACUGGGACAUGGAAGUAAGGAAGUCUAGUGGUAACACAUACCACCAAAACUUAACGACAAUUGUCAAAACAAACCUAACGGAAAAAGUGGAAAGUGUGAAUCCAAGAUUGGAAUGGGAGCUCGACACUGCUGAGCUCUUUGUACCUAUUCCGGACCAAGUUAAAUACGUGGAUAUUAUAUUUGAAGGAAAUUCUUGGUUGGCACUUACUGUAAACAAACUGACAAAAGGACCGCAAUGGCACUUACAAGUUAAGGUUAACCCACACGAGAGGAGUGAUACACUAGGCCCUAAUAGAAGUCCAAUAGUUCAAAUGAAACCAUUUUUUAAACUUGGCAUGAACAAAACCUAUGCAAUCUCACUCACUGCAAUGGAUGAAGAUGAUGACGCAAUAAAGUGUCGUUCCUCUAAGUAUGUAGAAGCUGGGCCAGAUCUCACAAGCCAUAGAUUUCACAAAGCUAAUGUCGAUGCGGAAUCUUGCACAAUUAACAUAGACACCACAGAUAGCAGUGUAUUCUAUGAGAAUGCUACAGGAGCUAUUGCAGUGACUGUCCAAGACUAUGCUAGAAAAUUGCUUAAGUUGAAAGAGGAGGAAAACCUGAUCCAUCCGUAUGAACAGGUUUUAAGUGCGGUUACAGUUCAAUUUUUUGUAUUCAUUGUUGAGCAUGCUGACGAACCAAUCUUUGUAUCUCCAACUCACCCAAACCAACAGACGUUUAUAAUAUACGUUGGGGUCGAAUUCACAGUAGAUUUUUAUGCAAGACCAACGGCACCUGAUGCGAACAGAAAAAUAGAGCUAUUUGACGUGACAAGAACAGGGGGACGGGAGACGAAUCAAACUGAUAUCAAAUUCAUCACCAACCGUACAGCGAAAAUCACAGUGUCUUGGAUUCCUGUCGGGGCCGACCUAGGAAAAGACAUUUUGUGUGCUAGGGUCGAAGACAAUGAAGGGUUUGAAUCCAUUAAUCUUCACUGUUUUACGAUCCUCAUAAAACCGUACACACCACACCCUCAAACGCCCCUUCAGGCACGACCAUACUUUGUAUUUUUCCCUCAGCCCGGCGAUAUUGUUUUCCCUGAACACUCCUUUUGCAAAUUUCCGAUUUAUGCAGCAUCGUUGAUACAAGGAGGAAUAACAAACAUCAGCAUUCAGUCAACAGACGCACCUUCUGCGGUUGUAGUUGGUGUAAUAAGACCAGUCAACAGUACAUACGGACCAGGAGCAAAGAUGAUUGAAAUUCAGUUAAAAGAACCAGUGGGCGGAGUUCGCAAAAUCUGCUUUGAGGCUUCGGAUGCGGAUUCGAGCACAGUGCAGUGUCUUUUUGCUAAUGUCCUGAAGAAAGAUCCAUGCGAGACCAACCCAUGCAACAGUGGUGGAAUUUGUUUUCCAUCGGAAGACCACAAUGAUUUUUUUUGCCACUGCAAUAAAGGGCUUACAGGCAGAACAUGCAAUAGUGCGCCACCCAAUGCAUGCCUAGAUAUGAAUCCCUGUCUGAACAACGCACGUUGUAUUCCUAAACAUGGGGGCACUUUUUACUGUUUGUGUGGCGAAAAUCAUACUGGCAUCAAAUGUGAAAAUAAGGUUGAUAAAUGCCUUACGGACCCCUGUGGAGAGCACGGCAUCUGUAUAGACGGUGAUACAGCAUCAUGUAAUUGUACCGAUGGAUAUACAGGACAAUUUUGUAAUGCUAGCAUGCCAACAUCAGUUAUAAACAAUUGUAAUGGAACAUCAAGUAGUUUGUGCCAAAAUGAAGGAAUCUGCUUGAUAAAGUCUGGACAACAGAUGUGUAUUUGUCCAGUUGGUUUAAAUGGAUCAUCUUGUGAAAGCAUUGUUGUUGAAAAUAAGCUGAUGUUUGUUCCUCCUACCCCAGAAAAAGACAGCGUUAUAUCAUGUAAUGUACGAGUAAGUCCAGCGGUUGCUCCUAUUUGUGAAUUUCCAGUGUAUAUCCAAGCUAGUUAUACACCAACCGUUAAAAGCAUUUCAAGCAACAUUGAUUUAGACGUAACCACAUUGCAGAGUGAAAAGUUUACAUUGCAAGGCGUAAAUAAGAUAUACAUGACGCCAGUGAAAUUAUCCCAGACAUAUGAUACUAGAAGUGGUAGUAUAUAUGAAUUUUGUUUGCAAGCAAGCUUAUCAUCAGAAAUAGCAUCUCGAUGUUUCUCAGUGGAUUUUGAAGCACUGCCAUCACCAUCAAAACUGGUGUCGAAACAUCCUUGGGACUUUAUAUCACCAACCCCAGAAAAGAACACUACAUUUAGAUGUCAGCUUGGAAAAUAUUGUCACGUUGUAGUCUACACUUUCUUCAAUGAUCACUGUGAGCAGGUUCUUGUAACAAACUCACUUGGCGGAAAAGCGUUUCCAACAAAGGAAAUGAAUAAUAAGUGUGUGACGGAUGUUGUUUUCACAGAUGUUGAUUCAGAAGGAAAGCACCAAGUUUGUUUAAAAUCAUGGAAAAAUGGAGAAUCGAGGUGCUACUUUGUAGAUGUCGUUAAAAAUAUUGAAGGUGUUUGCGAUCCAAAUCCAUGUGAAAAUGGUGGUUUAUGUCUCCAUAAAGAUGGAAUGCCAUUUUGCAUUUGUAUGACAGGCUACUACGGAGAUAAUUGUACCAAAGGUCCAUGCCCCUCAGUUAACACUCAGUGUAAAAACGGAGCAUUUUGUUUCACGAAUGGCAAACAUGAGACAUGUUUUUGUCAGACGGGGUUCAGUGGACCAAAUUGUACACACGAAUCAGCUGAAAAUAUUACCGAUGUACAACAUAAUGGGGCGAAAUUCACAGAUGCCGUUUACCCCACAAAUAUAACAUGUUAUGUUUCCAAUCCAUGUAAAAUUCCUCAUAUCAUCACUGGUAGUCCGUCAAAAAAUCCUUUAUUAAGACCAGGUUACCUGUCACCAGGAAUAAAAAUUGAAGAGAUCAAGUUUGAUAAACAUCACAACAGCACCCAAGUGUACCAGACUACAACUAUUGUAAAAGCUGAAACAACAGGACAAAAAAAAGUCUGCUUACAAAUUUACAAUGAACAGAGAUUGACAUCUGACGAGGCAUGUUUUAACAUAACAGUUGUCAAAGGAUUCGAACAUAAAACUCAGUUGUUUGCACACUUUAUACCCCCUACGCCAUCGAAUAACACAGAGAUGGAAUGUGAAGUCGGUCGCCCCUGUCACCUAAGUCUGUGGACUUCAAAUAAACUUGGCGUUAAUUCAUGUCCAUUUGUAAAAAGUAAUAUGAAUUUUGAGGAAGGCGUUUACGUGUUUCAAGAACCAAAGUCAGUAAACCCCUGUAUGAGUGACGUCGGCAUUCAGAUACCCAACACCGGGGUGACAGAACUCUGUUUUUCAGUUUUGGAAUCGAGUAAUUCAAAGGAAAAAACGAGGGAGACGCGGUGCUACCAGCUCAAAAUUGUCUCUACUUUAUCAGUAAAGAGUGCAUGUAUUAACGUGAAGUGUAAGAAUGGAGGUUUCUGCGACAGUAACACGCUAUCGGGGGAAUGUAUAUGCGUGCUCGGCUUUUCUGGACGCAACUGUGGGAUUCAAAGAGGUGUUUCGUUAAUGACCAAUGUUCAUAGCACUAUUUUGACUGACUUGGCAAUGCCUGAAAAAAUAAUGUGCCACUUAAAGGAAAAAUGUGACAUUCCAUUUUCCGUCAGCACAAAUGGCAGUUUAAGACCAGACGUAAAACUUGGACACUAUAGCGGCGACAUUACUAUUACAACGCCUGUUUUGUACACUGAACAUUUAUCUUUAAAUUCAUAUCUGGGACAUUUUACUGUGACUCCAAACAUGAUUGGAACUCAUGUCGUGUGCAUUCAAACAUCACCUGAUAGGAAACUAACAACAGAUGAACGGUGUAUUGAUGUUGUGGUGGAAAACAAUAAAACAAAGACCACAUCCAAUAAAAACCUGCCACAUUUUCAAACUCCAACUUUGCCAAACAACACAGAAGUUGCCUGCCCAGCGUCAAAGACAUGUCACAUUGUUUUAAGUCUAUCACCUGGUCUCAAUGAAGGCUGUCCAGAAAUACAACAAACGAAGGGAAACUCCGAUUUCACACAUGUGUUCAACUUGAACACAAAUUUUAAUGCAAUUGGAAAUAACUGCACAGCUGAUGUCGCCAUUAAACCAUCAUCAAACCACAACAGCAGCGAUCUGUAUUGCUUUGACGUGUCUUUUCCAAGCGUUCCAGGUGAAAAACGAUGCUUUAACGUCACGUAUAAGGAACCAGAAAAGACAUUGUGUGUUGGAUUCCUGUGCGAAAAUGGUGGAUUCUGCGAGACUAAAGACCAUACAGCCACUUGUAAAUGUCAAAUUACAACAUCAGGCAAAAAUUGCCAAUCGUUAGGUAAUCAAGUGACAAAUACGUCCUCUUCUGUGUUUGAAAGUUUUGCUGUUCCUACAUUUUUGAUCUGCGAGCGAUUAGUUACAUGCAUAUUUCCUGUGACCAUUACUGGAAACCUAAAUGUAAGAAAUCUGAAUUUUGGUUAUGUAUCCAACGAGCUGGCAAUGGAAGUAAGGAAAUUUCAUCAGCCUGCAAAGCUGCCAACGGAAAUGAGAAUUAUGGAAGUUGAAGUUAUGGGAAGAGAAAAUGGUUCAUAUUAUGCUUGCCUGCAGUUUCAACGGUCGUCCAAAGCAAUGGAGCACUGCAUGACUAUUCAUAUAAUUGAUAAAGACUCGAACGGUACCCUUGGAGCCAUAGAUAGGAGUAAACCUCAUUUUGAAGACCUCCCACUUCCUAACACAGAGUUUCAUUGCAAUGUCAAUAAAGAUUGCCAUAUUUUGCUAGAACACAAAGCAAAAACUGGAAAUUGUUCCAAGGUAUUCGCAGAAGAAUUACCAGGUAGUGUUCAUAUUAUUAAUUCGUUGGUACCAGACUCGAAUGGAAUCUGCAAUACUGACGUGAUAGUGAAUUCAAAUGCAAAGAAAAGGAAUCAAACGGAUCACCUAUGUCUGGCGAUAUCUGAUAAAAAUAGUGAUGGAGAAAGGCGAUGCUUUAAAUUUUUUGCUAACAACGAAACUCAGGGCUCAUCAUGUGAAAAUAUCUCUUGCAUGAAUUCUGGGUAUUGCGAGGGAGAUGUGCAAGGCAACACGUCCUGUGUCUGUAUGGGAGGUCAUACGGGUCCUCUCUGCUCUCUGGAAGGAGGAAGUUUGCCUACAAAUCAUACACAAUAUUCUUCACCUGAUCCUGAAGCUAUUCCAAAGUUUAUAGAUACAGCGAUACCUGACAUUCUUCCUUGUAAAGUAAACACAGAAUGUGGAAUUAGUCUCUUUUUGAAGGGAAACCCAUACAAGCGGCCACUAGUACAGACUGAUUCUCCUAUCAUAAAGACGCCAAUAGAGUCGCAUAAAAUACCAUCAACAAAUGGAAGCUACAUUGUUGGGGUUAAAUUUCAAAGUAACGAAACGGGCGUACAGAACGUUUGCAUAAACACAGUGAAGAACAGAAAUAAAGCGGACGAGCUUUGCUUUAAGAUAAAUGUUACUGAUGUAGGGUAUCAACCGCCCUCUCGAGAAAAUAAUCACAAUCCUGCACUUAAAAUACGGGAACCAUCGAUUCCGGACGGAUCAUCGGUGAAAUGUGAAGAAGACUCGACCUGUCAUUUGAUUUUACAUCUAAACAACUACAGCACUGGUGGCUGUUUGCAUGCGAAAGUAACGCCAAUUGUUCCUGAUGCGCGAGUAUUGAGUACCUACCUGUUAGGAAACCAUUGUUUGGCUGAUGUUGUUGUUCGGACUCAUAAAGAAGACCUCAACAAGAGUGUCUGUGUUCAGAUUGACGGCACAACAAUUAGUUCCGAUAGAGAAAAAAGAUGUGUGACAAUUACCGUAAGCAAACACGUGCUAGGAUCACCUUGUAAUGCCAAUUCCUGCAAUGGGAACGGUUUUUGUCAACGAAUAAAUGAAAAAGAAUACAAAUGCAUGUGUAAAUUGGGGUUUAUUGGCCACAAUUGUGAAUACACAGCUAAGCCAACGCCAAUUCCAAGAGAGAAAAAUAAUACGAACACAUCAAAUCUGUUGCCUAAGUUUGUGGAUUCAGUGCUGCCAAAAGAAAUAAAAUGCACCGUUUCGAGAGACUGUAUCAUAUCGAUACCCGUGCAUGGAUUUCCUAUGAACCAAAGCACGUUGUUAUUUGGACACUUGGACAGAGGGGUGGUUCCUGGACCAAUCAUCACAGAGAACAUCACUGAUCCCACGAAUCAAACCCUAGCAUACUUUCAUUUGAAAGCAACAAACGCCGGAAACAAAUAUGUCUGCGUUCAAUCUUCUAAUCUUCAGAUAAAUACAGACGAACUUUGUGUUAAAAUAGUGGUGGCCAAUAAAACAGCUCUGAUGACGACUGUUAAUACACCAACAAUGACUCCGAAGAUUGCUGAUCCAUCUUUUCCAUCUGGCUCGGUUAUUCAAUGUGAAGCAGACCACCAAAGUUGUCACUUUCACCUAGUUACUCAGCCGACUCCUUCGUCAAAUAUCUGUCCAGAUAUUAAGAACAUGGCUUCUUCGACAAUAACCAAGGUUCAUUCAUUUACGUCGGAUCAUCCAAUAGGACCAAAUAAUCUUUGCCAUGUGGACGUAACAUUCAAACCUGAAGUUGCUGGGAAUCACACUUUAUGUAUUCAAGCAAAGGAUAACAGUCGUGAUGGCGAUGAACGGUGCUAUGCCGUAAAUGUUGUCACCAAAACAAACGUCACCUACGGCGGCCCAUGUCAGAGCCACCCAUGUUACAACAAGGGACAUUGUGAAGCGGAUCCAACAGCAAAAACGGCUAUCUGUUUGUGCCCAGUUGGUUUAUCCGAUUCUAACUGUCAGAAAAUUGGUCCAGUAAAACCAACGCUAUCUACGACGAGUCCCACUUCACCCUCACCUGUUCAAAAAGAAUUCACAGAUACUGCGAUUCCAAAUGUAAUACAAUGCCCAAUAAACUCAACAUGCGGGAUACCCCUCAUCAUUUCUGGACCACCAGGAGAUAUUCCAAAAGUGAACUCUAAUAGUCCAUUUAUCGAGCAACCUAUACACACAUUUACCUUUCCUGGAUCUACAAAUACUACUUACCAAACCGUAAUAAAAGUACAUAGUACCAAAGAGGGCCUGCAUCAAGUCUGCACACAUAUUGGAGUAAAGGGAGAUGAAAUUUGCUUUCAAGUUAACACCACUGCUGCAAGUUUAAAUAAAACUUCAGGCAAUAAUUUAAAGAUUAUCACAGAACCUACAAUUCCGGAUCAGUCAUCUGUAAAGUGUUUAGAAAAUCAAGUUUGUCACCUGCUAUUUCAUACAAUUAAGGCAGCAAAUGGUAGCUGCGUAGUUCCUCAUCAAUCAGUGGUGACAAGCGGAACUAUAGUUUUAAGCACAGAACAAACAACGUUUAACCAAUCACUGUGUGUGACAGAUGUUGCAACUGUGGCUAGACCAGUGGGACAGAAAACCAUUUGUCUAGAAACGUCCAGUACUGACAAACGAUGCAUUGAUGUAAAUCCAGUGAAAAACCUAACAAGUUCAUCACCAUGUAAUCCCAACCCAUGUCAUGGGAGUGGAAUUUGUCAAACUACUGAUUAUAUCACGUACUCGUGUGUCUGUAUCACUGGAUGGGAGGGAAAAACGUGUGAAACAAAAGUUGACCCAAUACCCAUACCAAGACGAAAUACAACAACGACAUCACCAAGUCCAGCAUUUGUUGAUACGAUGUUGCCGAAGGAAGUGAUAUGUUAUACAUCCCAGGACUGUACGAUUAGCUUUCCGAUUUCCGGACAUCAUCUCAACCAGAGUUCUGUUUUAUUUGGACACUUGGAUAAGGGCGUCAUUCCUGGAACAAUAACGCUUGAAAAUAUAACAAGUCCUUUGAAUCAGACCAUCGCACAAUUCCAUAUGACGCCUAUCAGCUCGGGGAACAAACACGUGUGUUUUCAGACCAGUGACUUUAGGAAAAAUACUGACGAAAUCUGCCUCAAAGUAGUGAUUCGGAAUGCAUCUCUAACAACAACAGCAACGCCAAACCAGAUCUCCCCAGAAAUUGCAGCACCUUCACUGCCUAAUGGAACUGUUCUUCAGUGUGUAUUUGGUGAAAGGAGCUGUCACAUUCCUCUGUACACAAAACCAGUGCAAGGUUCCAGCAAAUGCCCCGAGGUGCAAGAAUCAGCACCAUCUUCCCUUUCCAAUGUUUUUGCGUUUACCUCAGAAAAUCCACAUGGUCCAUUAUGUCAUGUGGAUCUUUCGAUAAAACCAAAUAAACCGGGAAAUCACACUCUAUGUGUAAAAUCCAAAGAUCAAAGCAAUGAUGGAGACACAAGGUGUUAUAAAAUCCAAGUUGUUACUCCUGGCAAUGAAACGUUUGGAGGCCCAUGUCAGCAAAAACAUUGCUACAACAAUGGAAAGUGUGAAGCAGAUCCUGUUUCCAAUUCUGCAACAUGCAUUUGUCCUAUAGGAUAUCCAGAUGAAAAUUGUCUAUCAAAUGUCAGUCUUUCUCCGCCCAUCCCAGGAUCAACAGUGCUACCAAUCACAAAACCAACAUUUACGGAUACAGCAAUACCUGACAUUAUCCAUUGUCCUUCUGGUUCUACAUGUGGAGUACCGCUCAUUAUCCGAGGAGAGCCAGGAAAGAUCCCACACGUUGGUACAGACAGUCUGUUGAUUAGUCGGCCUAUGCUCACUGUCCAUUAUCCAGGAAAGAACUCUACGUAUCAAACCAACAUUAAGGUUACGGGUACAACGGGACUUCAUACAGUAUGCACUCACAUUGUUGAUAGUGGAGAAAAGGGCGAUGAAAUAUGCUUUAAAGUCAACUUUACAUCACCGGUUUCAACACUGUCGUACGCAAAUCCACCAAAAAUAGAGGAACCGACAAUACCCGAUAUGUCGUCUGUUAAGUGUUUAGAGAACACUACGUGUCACGUGCUUGUACACACAACAAAAGACAGUAAUGGCAAAUGUUUGGUUCCCAUGCUCUCUCCGUUGUCACCUGGUAUGGCAGUUUUAACAACAGAUGAAACGCAGUUUGAGCCAAACUUAUGCGUUACCGACAUUGCAACAAUUGUCAAGCCAAGCGAAACAAAGAAAUUAUGUGUGCACGUGACAGGUUCUUCUUAUAAAAGAUGCAUCAUAGUGAACUCAGUGAGAAAUAUGACAAAAUCCAGCUGUAACAGUAACCCGUGUUACGGAAAUGGUUAUUGCAAAUCAUCGGACAAAAAUGGGUUUAUUUGCAUCUGCAAACUAGGAUUCAAAGGAGACCACUGUGAAAACUCGGCAAAUCCUGUUCCAAUACCUCGGCUGACAAACGACUCAACAAAUGAAUCUCCGAAAUUCGUCGAUACAAUGCUGCCAAAAGAGAUCACGUGUCGAUUGAAAGAAGACUGUUCAAUAGCAUUUCCAGUGAAUGGGACUCCCAUCAAUCAAAGUUCAAUUCUGUUUGGACAUGUAGACAAAGGUAUUAACCCUGGUUUAACAGAAUUGAAACAUCAAACUAAUCCUGUAAAUCAAACGAUAGCGCACUUUCACAUUACACCAUCGUCUCUAGGAAAUAGAAACGUGUGUUUCCAAACCCGGAACUCAAAAACAAACGUGGAUGAAGUUUGCCUCAAGGUGGUUGUUCAUAAUGAAACCCAGCCAGCAGUAUCGACACCAUCCCCUAAUUCCCCAGAAAUUACACAUCCGUCAUUUCCCAAUGGUACUGUACUUCAGUGUGAAUUUAGCAAAGAAGGCUGUCAUAUUUCUCUCUACACAAAACCAGCUCAUGGCUCAAAUAACUGUCCUGAGGUUAUUAACACUGUAUCUUCAUCGAUAUCCAAUAUCCAUGCAUUCCAUUCACAAAAUGUUCAAGGUUCCACAUGCCAUGUUGAUUUAUCAGUAAAACCGGAAAUUCCUGGAAACCACACAAUUUGUAUCAAAGUCGAAGACCAAGGCAAAUCUGGAGACUUGAGAUGUUAUUUCAUACAAGUGGUCACUAGUAGCAAUAAAACAUUUGGUGGUCCUUGCCAGGAGAUGCAUUGUCAAAACGAGGGAAAAUGUGAAGCUGAUCCUUCUUCUCAAUCAUCGACUUGCAUUUGUCCAAUAGGUUUCAAUGAUGCAAAAUGUGAAUCAAAUGUCAAUGUUCUUCCUACUGCCCCAGGACCGACACCACAACCUUCAACAAAACCUAUAUUCACGGACACAGCUAUUCCUGACGUCAUUCAGUGUCCUGCUGGCGCCAAAUGUAACAUACCUUUGAUCAUCAAAGGAAAGUCAGGGAAAAUUCCAAAUGUAGAUUCUGACAACUCGCUGGUCAGUCAACCUAUAGAGACUGUCCACUUUCCGGGAAAAAAGAACAAUACGUAUCAAACCAAUAUACAGAUAACAGGUUCCUCAGGUCUUCAUACAGUUUGUUCUCACAUCGAUGACAAAGGAGAAAAGGGUGAUGAAAUAUGCUUCAAAGUAAACUUUACAUCACCUGUUACAACCUUGUCCACUUCGAAUCAUUUCAAAAUACAGGAGCCAACAUUGCCAGAUACGUCUUCUGUCAAAUGUUUAGAGAACACUACAUGUCACGUGCUUGUGCAUACAACAAAAGACAACAAUGGCACAUGCCUAACUCCCCGAUUAAAUCCGAGAAUACCUGAUACAGCAGUCGUAACAACAGAUGUAUCGGCUUUUGACUCAGAUUUGUGUGUAACUGACAUCGCGACAAUAGCAAAACAUGGAGAAACUAAACAACUUUGCGUGGAUAUUACUGGAUCUACAUAUGGAAGAUGCAUCGUUGUUAAUUCAGUGACAAAUAUGACCAAAUCACAGUGCAAUAAUAAACCAUGUCAAGGGAAUGGAUACUGUAAAUCUACUGGUGAUAACAGUUUUGUUUGCCUCUGCAAACUUGGGUUUAAAGGGAUUCUCUGCGCGACCAAAACACCACCAACGCCAAUACCCCGGGAGAAGAAUGACACGACAACCGUUUCUCCCAAAUUUGUGAACACGAUGUUACCUAAAGAGAUUACAUGUCAUCUGAAUGAAGAUUGUCCAAUAAUGCUACCAGUGAAUGGAAAUCCCUUGAACAAAAGUUCAUUAUUAUUCGGGCACUUGGAUAAAGGAAUCGAACCAGGGACUAUCUUCCUAGAUAACGUCACAACUCCAGUUAACCAACUAAUUGCACAUUUUCACAUUACUCCUACGGAAAGCGGAACCAAAUUAGCAUGCAUUCAAACCAAAGACACCAACACGAAUGUUGACGAAGUGUGUAUGAAACUAAACAUUAUUCCAGACCAAGUACCACCUACCACAGUUAUUGCACAGGUAGCACCAAAAAUAGUGUCACCUUCAUUUUUGAACGGAACAGUUUUGCAAUGUGAAAAUUCCCCAAAAGGAUGUCAUUUACAUAUAGUUACAAAACCAACGCCAGGAUCAUAUGAAUGUCCCAAAAUAGACAGCACUGGAAGCUCUUUGCAAACCAUUCAUUUUUUCAAGCCGGAUAAAGUAAACAACGCUUCUGUAUGUCACGUGGACAUGUCAGUAAAACCAGACAUUCCCGGGAACCACUCCCUGUGUCUCACACCACGUGAAGGAGUUCAAACCGGCGAGAAGAGAUGUUAUGAAAUAAUGGUGGUAACAAAUAGCAACAAAACGUUUGGUGGUCCUUGUCAAAAUCUACAUUGUCACAAUGGUGGGCGAUGUGAAGCCAAGACAAGUCGUUUGUCAACGUGCAUCUGUCCAAUCGGAUACAGCGGAACUGACUGCAAGAAGAGUAAAACUAUUCCUCCAGCUAUCAGUGGGAGCACAGGAACGUUAAAGAACACAGCGCCUUCAUUUACGGAUACAGCUAUACCGGAUAUCAUUGUGUGUCCAGUUCGAGCCCCAUGUGGUGUUCCUUUUAUUAUCACCGGUCCGCCUGGUCAAGUACCAAAAGUUGACACUGAUAGUCCAUAUAUAGUCCAUCCAAUAAAAACAGACACAUUUCCUGGAGAGCUCAAUAACACUUUUCAAACAAACAUUAUGUUUUCGGCGUCAAAGGAAGGUCAACGUAAAAUAUGCACACAUGUUGUUCAUAACGGGAGUAAAAGUGAUGAAAUAUGUUUCAAAGUCAACUUUACGUCAGCAACACCAACGAAAUCGCCAACCGAGAAAAUACAUGAGCCGACAAUUACUGAUGCCUCCUCCGUCAAAUGCUUGGAAGGUAGCGACUGUCAUCUGCUUAUUCACACUUCGAAAGAUGUCAAUGGAACUUGUGUUCUGCCAAAGGAGUUGCCACAUACUCCUAAUACAGUGAUCAUACGACCCAUAAACACUAACUUUGACCCUAAUUUAUGUGUGACAGACGUUUCAACUCGGGUUCUGCCUGGUGAAUCGAAGAAAAUUUGUUUUAGUACCACAAGAAUUUCUUCCGAUAAGAGAUGCAUCACGGUAAAUUCUGUCAAGAAUUCUACAGCUUCCCACUGCCAACACGUCUCUUGCAAUGGAGGACAUUGUCUUUCUAAAGACCAGUCUUACAUUUGCAUUUGUCCUGUAGGGUAUGAUGGAAGAAAUUGUCAGCACAAAGCUGAAAACAUUCCAAUACCAAGACCAGCGUCAGCCAAUAUAACAGAGAAUGCAACAGUAUUCGUAAAUACUGCAGUUCCUACAGAAAUCAAAUGUGUUCUAAAUCAACCGUGUGAAUUUCCAAUACCAAUAUCGGGACAAAACUUAUCGAGCAAAUCUGUAUCCUUUGGAGAUAAAAAUGAAACACUUAAGAAAUGCCCUUCAAAUAUGUUUGUGGAUGCAAGGAUUCCGGUAGCAAGUCUAUGUGUAAAACCAACUGCAAUCGGUUCGCAUAACUUGUGUUUACAGACUAAAGAUAGCCAAGGGAUUAACAGUGAUGAAAUUUGCUUGAAAAUACAUACAACCUCAGAUCGGCUUACAACAUUAACACCAAAGACCACAGAUCAUAUUACUUCACCAUCCUACACCGACGAAUCAGUUGUGAAGUGUAUUGCUGAAAAACCUUGCUUUAUACCAGUUGUGACUGAUCAAGCAACAAAUCCACCUUGCCCAAGUAUUAAACCGACCGAGAAAACAGAUUUAGAAAACGUCCAUGCGUUCACUCCACCAGCUGGCAAAAACGGUAAAUGCUAUGGGAAUAUAGCCAUUAUUCCUCAGAUUGAAGAAAAAGGAAAUAAUUCGUUGUGUUUCCAAACAGUUACUCAGAGCGAUGUCGGACGAGAACACUGUAUAGUGAUCGAUGUGGUAGAAACAGCAAGCAAAGCACAAGGAGGAGCCUGUCAAGUCAAGCGUUGUGAGCACUUCAGUCCCUGUACUUACUCGGGAAAAAGAGCUGUCUGCAAUUGUUCAGUUGGUUAUAGAGGAGACUUGUGCGAUACAAUUGAACCAACCGAAGUAAUUACCACCACUUUGAUCCAAAGUACUGAAUCAUCAAUGCAAAGUUCAAGUCAACAAACGUGUACGAUGAGACCUAAAGAUGCACGCGAUGCAGCUAAAAGGGGCCGAGUAAAAUGCAUAUGUUCCAAAAACGGAAAAACAACUCAGAUCAUUACAACAAACCCUGCAGCAAGUCUGGACCAACUGGUUAAAGCAGCUGGAAUCGGGGCUGGCAGUGUUGGAGGAUCCAUUGCAAUCGCGGCACUGAUUUAUGUCGUUGUGCAAAAACUCCGUCAAGUGCUGAAACCGAAAGAUUUCAAGCGAAGACCGAAGUACAUGAAAUGAUGGAUGUUGUUAGAACAUGACGUAAAUACAUUGUGGGAAUAAGACUCACUGGACAAAUUACAUUAUUGUUAACAUAAAGCUAUUAAUCAGUUUUCUUUUUUUUUAAAUUUGGACAAUUAAAAGAUAUAACUUUAUGGCCAUAUGGAACCAAAAAUUUCUUUCAUGUUUUGAUCGUAUGAAUUUGAUUCUUUUUUAAUUUAUUUGUAAUGAUUUUGUAAAUAGCAAAUAAAGGUUCUUGUAAGUGCA